AUGACCGAAAUAUUGCGCUCGGGGCUUCAAGACCUCGAUUUCCCAGCUACAGCUAUAAUCACUGAUGUCAAGCAUCUGACAUCAUACAACUGGAUCGGCGCCGAGUCCCCAACAAUCGUGGUGCCAGGCAGUCCGGCGCUUUGGGCUCCCCCCGGUUGUCCCACGCAGGUUAGCAAAGAUUCUGGUCUUGUGUACAUCAACCAGAACGCAGCCCAUCAUCCUAUAAGCCCUUUGGAACCGAUCUUUCGCGCGCUACACACCACGCAACCUGCCUUCGACAUCUCAUCCACGGAUAUCGUCACCGAUCGGAAUAGUCUUCGAAAAUUGCUCGCCUUCGUACAGCCCGGUGUUGAAGGGGAUGCUCUUCAACCUUUCACCAUUGAUAUUGAGAUUUACAAGAACACUGCCUUGUUUUCUCGCGUUGAGGAAUCCAAUCAGGAAACAAUCCCAUUAGGGGAGUUCAGGGGCUUCGGCCUUGAGUUUGAGAAGGCGUAUACUCGACAACAAAUUGAUGGAAGCACGGGACAUUACCGAAUCGUUUCUUACCGUUUCGGUGACAUGAGCUUCAUAGUUCGCCACAAGGUAGAUGGGUAUGUCGGUGAGAACAUGAAAUCGGGCUCAUCGGGUCUCGAAGAGGGCCCAGCCAAUGAUCUCUCAGGUGUUCUGGGAUCGCUGUCCCUGACUUCUAAUCCAGCAAUGACCAGUGCGCAUGGCACUGGUUCCCGACUAGUUGUUCGACGAGAGGGUCAGAAUGUGCCGCUUGAUCGUACGCUGGAGAUCAAGACGCGCGCUGUUCAUAGACCCCUCAAUAUUCAGGAGGCAGCACCACAGCUAUGGAUAUCUCAAACACCAAAGCUCGUUCGUGCAUAUCAUAAAGGCGGCAGGUUUCAGGAACCAAAAGUCGAUGAUUUGACAACAGCGAUACAGAAAUGGCAGGCCGAUAACCAAGUGCAGUUGGGGAGAUUGUUGGGGCUGAUUCACAGACUCAUCGACGUGGUGAAGAAUUACGGUAACAGGGCGACCGUAUCUUAUGUGGUCGAUGGUGAUAAGUUAGUCAUAUCUCCGAGUAGCGGCCAGAAAAUGCUGCCGGAGAGCCUCUAUCUCCAAUGGGAGGCAAAGUCUCCUCAGCUCAGUACUAUACAGGAGACUCUGACCGUCACUACGCAGACGCCGCGAGCCAAUAUGUGCAGGCCGGGUUUGAGAAUUCAGGUUGGGGAGAAAACGUAUGACAGCAUCGACGUCGAAGUCAUGCCAUAUUUCAAGACAUACUUCGGUUCCCAGCUGCGCUCUAGUCAGGACUCGCCCACUAUUCUCAAUCAUCCCAGUAUCCCGUUCUUUGAUGAGGUAUUCCGAGGACUGGCUAAAGGGCCCAGAGAGUUCUUCCGCCUCGUGCCAGCCGGACUAGCCGCCUACAAAGAACUAUGCACUACGCUCAAGCUCCUCGGUAUCAAUAUACUGGAGGGCCGUACCAUCCAAUAUCACAUCAUGAAAGACUUCCAAAAUGGCAAAGACGACUAUGAUCCUGACGAACGGAGGACGAUCCGCGGGGUCAAAGGCACAGCUCGAGAUUCGGCUUUCCGGCUACUCUACAUGUUCCUCUCGGACGGAAUGGCUUCGGAGCCUCGAGAUAAGACCAUGGCGUAUAACGCCGCGUUCUUCGUCGUUUCACAUCUGCGGAUGUUUGGUGUCCGGACCAGGAAGAUGGUUCGUAUGGCAUUUGAUGAACGCUUUGGACUAACUGUCAAGCAGCGGGCAAACAUGGACAAGUGGCCGCUGAAGAACUCAAUGGGGGGAGAGUCGUCGGACGACGAUCAAACGACCGAAUCCGGGGGCUCCUUUUAUGAUAGUGAUGAUGGUUAUUUCUACGACUCAGACUAG